AUGUCGGCAAUACCGUCCACCUCGCAGCUGCAAGUCAAUGGCGGCGGUGGAACCGCAGCCAACAAAACAAAGGACCUCUUCAACGCCGCCUUACAAGCUCGUAAUGCAAACAACGCCUACAUCGCGCAUCUCAAGAUCUGGGAAGAGGUAGCGCAGGAGGGAACAGCAGCCGACGCAGCAGCAGCUGCAGCGGCGUCGAAGAAGGCACGAUACCUCAUCUUGGCAGUGCAAAAGGACACGGGCAGAGUCACGAUCAACAAAGCCAAACGCAAUGCUAAUGGUAGCUUCAGUAUUGGCAAGGAUUGGGAUCUCAACACGCUUCGAGAGGUUCAAGUGGUUCAGCCGGACGUGUUCAGCAUCACCCUCAGCAGACCGUACCAGUGGCAGACGCAGCAGCCCGUCGAGCAGCAUCUGUUCUUGCAGAGCUUGGUCAAAGUUUACCGCAAGUAUACGCAGGAUGAAGGACCGAGGUUGAUCGGCAUCGAUGUUCCGCUCUUAUCCAACUCGGGUGCCCCUGCCAUCGCAGAGUCUGCCAAUCUGUCGGAUCGUCCUUCGUCUGGAUACCGCACAGACACUUCGCACGCUGCUUCCAGCAAUGGCACCGCAGUUGCCGCAGCACCCGCACCAGCUAUCCCCGCAGCUCCUGCGAUCAAGAUACCAGCAUCGUCGACGAAUCGUCUGGCAUCUGGUUCUGCUCUCUCCCGCAGCCUCUCAAGUGAUGGCAGUCCCACAGAUGGCCGCGACACUAUUACGGCAUCACAAAGCUCGAGCGUUAACCAGAGCCCCACCAAGAGCAAACGCGAAGGCGGCCUUCAGCCUAGCCCGCUAAGCCGACCCGUGCAGCUCCCUACACGUCCGUCGGCCGACUCGCAACACUCCGCUACUUCAGACACUUCCAUACAACCGCAACAGACAUUUGGAUCGGCCUCCUUGGCGGUGCCGCGACAGCCCGCACCGCGCAAGAACAGCGCCGACUCGCUCACCUCCCUCAAGAGCGGGAGCAGCGGAGGCUUGGCUGGAGGCGGAGGCGACGCCAGAGCUCGCCUGAGCUCUAUCGAGCCUAUUCGAGGUGGUGCUGCGUACGAACGAAUGCUUUUGGCUGGCACCGGUCUCACUGGUGUCACCGAGGUCGAUGACGAUGAAGCAGCAGCAGCAGACGAAGAACAGGAUCCGUACGGAGGUGCUGUUCUGGCUGACACGGAUGUCGCUGCACCGGAUGCAUCCUUCUCGUCAAAGCGUGCUACUUUGGGUCGUCCUGCCAUUGCGCGUCUGGAAACUGACAAAACCAAGCUGAGCAAUAGGUCAAAACCCGGCGACGAUCUCGACGAAGACGAGGAUGAGAAUUCGACCCUUGUAGCGGUCGAAGAGAUGCUUGAAGGGCUGGAAUGGCGCAAUGCAAGUGCUAAAGGCUAUGGCGUCGCCUCGGGUAAAGGCACGGCCGACAUGAUCGAGGCGCGUCUCUUGGAUGAGUUGUCGGCGCUCGAAUCGGCCAACAUCCACGCCAUCAUCGAGUCAGACGAUCGUGUAGCCCUCGUGGUCAAGCACAUGGAAGAAGCGCUCAACAACCUCGACAUGAUGGACAGCAUGAUCGCUGGGUACAAAGUGCAGCUCAACUCACGUGCAGAUGACAUCUCGCACAUUGAGUCGCAGAACCGAGGUCUGCAAGUCCAGACGUCGAAUCAGCGCACGCUCAUGACCGAGAUCGAGAACCUCAUCAACACUAUUAAUGUGGACGAGAAUGCGAUCCAUGCCCUGAGCGCAGGACGGCUGGAGAACCCAGAGGGAGUUGCGCAGCUCGAAAAUGCCGCCGCCUCGCUGUACAAGUCGAUGCUGCAGGCGCGGAGGGACGGUGACGAUGGAGGAGCCGACAUGGCGGCUGCUGCGGAGAGGCUGGCGGAUCACGAAGCCAUCUCGUCGCGCUUCUGCAAGCGUGUGCUCGACUAUCUCAAUGUGACUUUCAAUGUCGAGACGCAGCGCUUGCUCUCCGACCCUGUGCGUCAGAAGGCGCUGCAGCCUCCUCACCCAUCACUGCCAGACCAUGCGUCGAUGGAAGAGGUGCUUGGACAGUACUGUGGCCUCCUGCUGUACAUGAAGGAAGUCUCGUCGGCUACGUUCUCCCGCGUCUCAGCUGCAUAUUUCGCUUCAGCCAGCGAAUGUUAUCGCGCCGAGAUGCAGCAGCUGUUUGCUGCGUACCGCAAACAGCUGCGCAAGGCGAGCGACGAAGAUAUGAACGAGUCGAGCUUCACCACACCCGCAUCGACAAGUGCAGCUACAGCAGCAGCCAUACGUAGCGGCACCAUUCGUCGCACGCAACGAGACAAGAAUGCGCGCGGCGGCAAAGAUCGCGGCGACAUUUCAGGGCAAGAUGGUCUGCAAAGGAUCCUAUCGUGUAUCUUCCCGGUGCUGCUUCGCGAGCAGAAUUUUAUCUCGGAUUUGCUGCACAUCAACGACAACAACAUCACUUUCGCCGAUUAUAUGGAUCUCGAGCCGUACUUCCGCCGUCGUGCUGCCGGCAUGGUGGCCGGUUCCACCACGGGCCCGUUGCGCGAGAUGAAGGGCGCCAUGGAUCUGAUCUUUGGAUUUGUUGCUCCGGAGCUGCAGGCGUUUACGGACGAUGCCCUCUCGAAGGACCGGAUGUCGAUCGUCGGGUUGCUGGCUACGCUGGAUCGGGGCAUCAUCGAGGCGGAAGAAGUCAACUGCGAGAGCCUGCAAAAAGUGCUCGCAAAACUGCACCUGCGGCUGGCGUCGCAACUGGAACGCUUCGUCCAGGAUCAGAUCAAGGGAAUCGAAGCGACAAAAUUGACAGUCAAAAAACGCAAGGGAGUGGUGCACUUUAUGCGUGUCUUCCCCGUCUUUGUCGACCGCGUCGAGAGCCAGCUGGUCAACGCCGAGACGCUCAACAUCCGCCACGCCGUCGAUGGCUACUACGCCCAGAUCUGCGGUGCCAUGUUCGACGCGCUGCAGACCAUCUCGCGCGUCGAAACCGCCACCGCCUCCAGCACGGAUGAGGACAAAGGCCAGCUCAACCACCUCGUCAUCCUCAUCGAAAAUAUGUUUUACUUUAUCGCCGAGAUCACCAGGGCCACGCGUGCCAGAGCCGGAGCGGGGGCGGGCAGCUCAGCGCUCGCAGGCCUGGUGAAGCGCGCCGAGUCGAUCUACGGCGAUUCGCUGACGAGCUACACGCAAUUUGUGUUACGGCGGUCGUUGGCCAAGAUGAUGGAUUUCGGCGAUGGGAUUGAUGCAUUGUUGAAGUCGACGCCGAAGACCGAGGUGUGUUUGCACUCGGCGUACAGCAAGUCGAGCUUCAAGAAGCUGGUCAAGGACUAUACGGCCAAGGAUACGCGCAAGGCGGUGGAGGCGUUGAGUAAGAGGGUGGCCAAGCACUUUGACGAGGAUGAGGCUGGGGCCGGUGCGGGUGCUGCGGUGGCAGGAGCUGGCGGCAGCAGCGGUGGAGCAGCCGUGGCGACGGCGGACGGGCAGACGGCUGGCGAGGUGGAAGUGCUCAGCCGCGUCUGGUCCUCGUGCGAGCAGGGCUAUCUGCGUGAGUUUGAGAGGGUCACACGCAUCGGCAGGGAGUGCUACCCCGACGUAGGAGCCAGCUUAGAACUGGGCCACAACGAGCUCAGGAGGCUCUUCUCCAGUCUGGCGCCCAAACGUCGCUAA